AUGACUAACAAGCCCAGAGGGAUCUUACGGAACGCUCCACAGGAUACCAAUUAUGACGAGAAUGCUAAGGUUGAUGAAGAAUUUGACAGGAAGAAAGUCCUGGAGAACACCAAUAUAAACGCAAAACUGUUUAAAGACGCAGCAGAUGCAGCUCAAACGAAGGGUGACAAGAUCAGACAAAAGCUGAAGGAAAAGAAACAACAACUAGAAGAAGAACAUUUGAAGUGGAAUGAAGCUAACCUUUAUAUGAACGAGCAAGAGAAAUGUGCCACCAUGAAAAUUGAUGAGCCGAAAACUCCCUAUGAAGGUGGUGUGGAUCCCACCGGAGAGUAUUACCAGGACGAUGAAGAGGAAUUGGAUAACUUCGCACUUGGAGAACCAGAGUUUACUGUACCUAAGGAGGAACAAGAGCCUUUUGAACCAUCGGAACCAUCGGAACCAUCGUCAGAGGAUAGUGAAACAGAGCAUGCACCUAAAGAAACAGCUCAACAGAAACACAAGAGGUUCGAAGAGAUGAGGAAACAACACUAUCAUCUGAAGGGCUCAGUUCUAGGAAAACCGUUAUCAGUCAGUGAUGAAGAGGAAGAUGAAACCGAAGAGUCGAAAUAA